AUGGGCGUGGCGCUCUCGCUGCCCUUCCUAGGAGGCGGUCUCGCCUCCAUCGCGAGCUCGUGCCUGGCCGGCCUCGCCUUCUUCUGCACUAGCACCGCCGCAUCAGCUUUCUUCAAGUCAUGCAACUGCCAGUCUUCAAUAGCAACCCGUGUCGGCUUCGCCAUUAUCUUCUGUCUUGACGCCUUGCUAGCAUGGCUAAGCUUGACAAGCUUCAUGAUGCAUAAGAUUCAAGAAUGGUCCUACAACUACAUAAAGAUGGACUGCAAAGACAGGGAUCGCUGCUAUGGUGUCCUGGCCGUCCACCGCAUCACGUUUGCGCUUUCCCUUUUCCACUUCAUUCUCGGUAUGCUCCUCAUCGGCGUCAAGGACACACGAACGAAGCGAGCUGCCAUCCAGAAUGGCUGGUGGGGUCCCAAGGUGCUUCUAUGGCUCCUCCUCACCCUUCUCAUGUUCUUCAUCCCUAACGGCUUUUUCGUCUUCUGGGCCAACUACUUUUCGCUCAUCUUCGCCUCGAUCUUUAUCGUCGUUGGUCUCGUAUUGCUCGUCGACUUUGCCCAUUCUUGGUCCGAGACUUGCCUGGACCGAUGGGAGCAAACCGAGUCCGACUUCUGGAAGUUCACUCUCAUUGGCAGCACACUUGGAAUGUACGCAGCCACGAUCGCGCUGACGGGUGUGCUGUACGGCUUCUUUGCCUCAAGCGGGUGCUCGCUCAACCAGUUCUUCAUCAGCCUCAACUUGGCACUGAUCGUGGUUCUCACCGUGCUUUCCAUCAGUCCACACGUGCAGGAGGCCAACCCGAGGAGUGGUCUGGCUCAAAGUAGUAUGGUGGCUGCCUACUGCACUUAUCUGAUUGCAUCAGCCGUAAUGAACCGCGACAAUGCCGAGUGCAAUCCCAUCACCCGUGGCCGCGGUGGCAGCGCAAAGACAACCACUGUAGUCAUCGGUGCAGUGUUCACCUUCCUCGCCAUCGCUUAUUCGACCUCUCGUGCCGCCACGCAGUCCACGACCCUUGUUGGCAAGCGACGAGCGGCUUUGAACGAAAGCCGACCGCCCUCCGGAUACGGACCAUUGGCAACGCGCGAGUCAAUCGACAAGUCAUCCGGUGCUGUUGUCACUGAUCAGCCAACAAAGAAGGAUUCGCUUCGCAUCCAGGCGCUGAUGGCAGCGGUGGAGGCUGGUGCUAUUCCAGCGUCUGCAUUGGACGAGGAAGAGGACGACGAGGAGAUGGAGACACGCUCCGAGCUCGGCGCUGGAGGCGACGAGAGUGAUGAUGAGCGUCAAGGGACUCGUUACAACUACAGCUUCUUCCACUUUGUCUUCGCCAUCGCAGCAUGCUACACGGCCAUGCUGUUGACCGACUGGCGCUUUGUCCGUCUUGGCGGACCUUCGCCGGACCCAAGCGAGGAUGGUGCUCCCAUCGCCUACAUUGGCAGAAGCACAACAGCAAUGUGGAUGCGAGUUGUCAGCAGCUGGCUCUGUAUCUGCAUUUACACUUGGAGUCUGAUCGCUCCUGUUCUUCUCCCGGAUCGAUUCGGCCUCGAUUAG